UAAUAUAUUGAAUCUAUGGCUCCUCUGCUCUCUAAGGAGAAGAGAGAAUACCAUUUUAAAAGAAAUCAUGUACUUUUUCAAAAAAUCAUUUGCUGUUGCUGCCUUGAAAAGAACAACAAAUGCAUUCCAGUUAAUAAAAAUUUGGAAGGCCUGGUUCAAGUUUUCUUAAGCCUGAGUUUUCACUUAAAGUAUUUGCCUACCCUACAGGAUUAUGUCCAGGUUGCAAGAAAAACUUAUAUCUCUGUAAGGCUGGUAAAACUAUUGCAGACACAGUUACUUUAAAAUGGAAAAAUUCUGAUUUGUCUAGCUUGCAAACCUCUAGAGAUUGCUCAAUAUUAUGCACUAUAUGCAGUCAAGGUAGAAAUAGAUUAUUAAAUAAAAGUAUGAAAAAGGGAACUAGCUCAACACUGAAAUUUUGCCAAAUAUGUUUCUGUGAAAUUGCUAAAGGUAAACCCCACAAAUGUUCCCCUUUAAAGAGCAGCACAAAUCUUUCUGAGAGUAUUUCUAAAGUUUCUAAAAAAGUAAAAGAACAAGUAGCUUCUUCCCUUCUAAAAGAAAUUUAUUCUGAUCAAGAACAAAGCCUAGGAGCUCAAGCCAUUCUCAGAACAGGUAAAAUAUUGUUAAAUAAAAAUAGCUGUUAUGUACAUUUUUAAAAUAACAGUUUAUAUUAUAUUAAGGAGGUAAAAGUAUUCAUAUUACUAUCGGUACUCGGGAAAGUGACCAGAGAAAGAUUCCUUAUAAUGAAGUAGAAGUUUUAGUAAAUACCUUAGGACUUAGUCAAUUGAAGUCAUAUGAAAUGUUAAAAACAUUGAGGAGAAGCGGCGUAAAGUUUGAGUCAAACAUAGAGAAAGCCCUGGAUGAAAAAAGUAAACUACUUUCCAACUUUUAUGUCACUGAAUUAUUAGACUUUCAAGAAAAGGAAAAAGAUAAUGACUACGCUACAGUGAAGAGACACUUGGUAUAUAUUGAAGAUAUUACAACAUUUUUGGAUUUUGUAAUGAAAUAUCGAGGGCAGGUUCCACAAAACACAUUUGUAAAGGUUGAAAUAGAUUCAGGUGGAGGAUCACUGAAAGUUAUAGUAAAUCUGUUUGAUCCAACCAAGGACAGGACAGAAGAUAGCAGCUCCUUAGGAUCAUACUCAGGAGCAAAUACGUCACUUGUUUUAGCUUAUUGUGAAAGGGUAAGUGAGAAUCAUUCUAACAUGACAAUGAUUGUGGAAAAAUUAAAAUUGCAUGAAUGCAAGUACUCAUUGGCUUCUGACAUGAAGUUAAUCAACAUAUUGCUAGGAAUUUCGGCUCAUGGAGGAAAGUAUGCUUGUGCAUGGUGUGAAGGUUCUUCAGAAUUAUUUUCUGGAGAGUUAAGAACAUUUCAAUCUUUGAAUAAUUACUAUGAACUGUAUUCAUCUGCAGGAUCUCCGGUGAAAAGAAUGAAAGAAUAUAAUGUAUAA